CUACCCGAGCCCGGGCGGCGGGGCCGGCGCCAUGCGGCACCUGUGCCGGGGCCGCGUGCUGGGCAUCUCGGUGGCCAUCGCGCACGGGGUCUUCUCGGGCUCCCUCAACAUCCUGCUCAAGUUCCUCAUCAGCCGCUACCAGUUCUCUUUCCUGACCCUGGUGCAGUGCCUGACCAGCUCGACCGCGGCGCUGAGCCUGGAGCUGCUGCGGCGCCUCGGGCUCAUCGCCGUGCCCCCCUUCGGCCUGAGCCUGGCGCGCUCCUUCGCGGCCGUCACGGUGCUCUCCACGCUGCAGUCCAGCCUCACGCUCUGGUCGCUGCGCGGCCUCAGCCUGCCCAUGUACGUGGUCUUCAAGCGCUGCCUGCCCCUGGUCACCAUGCUCAUCGGCGUGCUGGUGCUCAAGAACGGCGCGCCCUCGCCCGGGGUGCUGGCCGCAGUGCUCAUCACCACCUGCGGCGCCGCCCUGGCAGGAGCCGGAGACCUGACUGGCGACCCCAUCGGCUACGUAACGGGCGUGCUGGCCGUGCUAGUGCACGCCGCCUACCUGGUGCUCAUCCAGAAGGCGAGCGCCGACACGGAGCACGGGCCGCUCACCGCGCAGUACGCCAUCGCCGUGUCCGCCACCCCGCUGCUCGUGGUCUUCUCCUUCGCCAGCACCGACUCCAUCCACGCCUGGGCCUUCCCUGGCUGGAAGGACCCCGCCAUGGUCUGCAUCUUCGUGGCCUGCAUCCUGAUCGGCUGUGCCAUGAACUUCACCACCCUGCACUGCACUUACAUCAACUCGGCGGUGACCACCAGCUUCGUGGGUGUGGUGAAGAGCAUCGCUACCAUCACCGUGGGCAUGGUGGCCUUCAGCGACGUGGAGCCCACCUCUCUGUUUAUUGCCGGCGUGGUGGUGAACACCUUGGGCUCCAUCAUUUACUGCGUGGCCAAAUUCUGGGAGACCAGAAAGCAAAGCAACUAUGAGGACCUGGAGACGCAGCCCGUUGGAGAGGAGGCACAGCCGAGCGGAGCCCAGCUGCCCUUCGCCAUGGAGGAGCUGGCUGGAGAGGCGGCGAAUGGCGAGUCAGAAGGUGGAGGGGUAGCGGGUGGCUCCGCUUUGCAGAGCGCGCAGGAGGCCAGGGGCAGCCGCGCAGGAGCCUCCCCGGUUCCAGGGGACCCAGAAGAAAUGAGCAAGAGGUCAUUAAAGGAUACUUACCUCGAAGUGUGGAGGUUGGUUAGGGGCACCAAGUACAUGAAGAAGGAUUACUUGAUAGAAAACGAGGAGUUACCCAGCCCUUGAACAGAAGGUGCAUGUGUCAUAUGUAGUACACUCGUUUUCGUGUUACAGGUCAGAUGUGUUUCCACGAGGGUCCACCGUUUUCUCUGGGGACUGGGGGAAAGGAAGCCAAGAAAAGAUGCUG